CCCAACGGAUAUGAUGACCGGAAGUACUGUCAACGGGCGGGAAGUUGAAAGUUUGUGAAUUUUGAGAUAAACAUAAUAACGUUAUUAAAGUACAGUUGUAUCUUCCACACGAGCAAGGAUGGCGGACAAAAAUCUUGUGUGGGAAUUGAAACGUUGGGCGACGCAGGAGUUCAAUCUGUCCCCGGACAGUCUGCCGAAUGACAGCUACUUUAAAACGCUCUGUAUCGGCACAGGAAAGUCCAUAUGGAAAUAUGUCAUCCACCACGUUUUUCAACAGAGGAACCUGCGGAUCAUACGUGGCAAUCUCCAGUGGUAUAAGGUUUUUCAAGACAAAGAGUUGAAGCAGGCUGAGGGCCAGAGUGAGGCUGCUAAGCAGAGAGAGCUUCAGAAGAAGAUAGAGCAGCUGAGAUCAGAGAUCAGUCACUUGGACUCUCAGAUCAGUGGAACAGAGGAACAGUUGGCUACACAAGAGCAGUCCGUCAAUCGUACCUGGGCCCAGGUGGAGGACAGUCGGCGCAGAGCGCUGCUCUUGCAGGCCUUCAGGCAGCGCUCCAGCUUAGGCCGCAGGGUGCUCUCUGGAGAUAUGGAAAAGAUAAAUGGGCACUGCCAGGCACUGGAACAAAUAGCCAGGAAAGCUGAGAUUGAUGUGCUGUUUGAUAAUAAGCCCUCUAGCACCAAUGAUGGGGACAACUUCGACUCCCAAGUCGCAGCAGAGCCACAGGUCCUGAGUGAAGUGAGAGACCUGUGUGACGACAGGGUCCACUUCUAUCAGUCUUUACAAGAGAUUGAACUGAAAACGGCCCACUCUGCAGCCAAACAAAUGACUCGUGAACAAAGGACUGCUGUGUUUCAGUAUUGGCUCAGUGCUGUGGAGAACAUGUUGAGUGGUUAUCCUCCAAGCCAUGUCCUCUCCGCGUUGGAGUAUUUAGCUUCCAGAGAGCAGAAGGAACUAGAGGAGAAACUUGCCUCUCUGGACGUGACACGGGAUGUGACAGCUCUACGGUUCCGCUUUGAAAGCAAUCACCUACUGGACGUGUCAGCAGAAGAGGAUAAUGAGUUGCCAUCGGUUGAGACCCUCUUAGAGGAUGCCUGGGAAGAGGUGGAGCAGAGUUUAGUGGAAUUGGCCCAGACUCGCUCCAGAGUCCAGCAGCUCCAACACCAGCUGCAGGCUUGCAAGAAGAAGGCUGAGCAGGAGGUGUCUGGCAUUGCAGAUGAGCUCCACAGUAACACCAUGGCACUGUCAGCUCUAGAGGUGGAACUUCAGUGUGUGAUGCAGGCAGCAGCCAGGGAUCAAAUCAGAGACCGGUGUCACCAACUUGACCAGCAUGCCAGAAGCCGACAGGAUGUGGUUAGGAACCUCCACAGCCAGUGGCAGAGCAUCCUUGACUUCAGACAACAAGUGGUUCUCAGACAGGAGCAUAUCAGAGGUCUGAUUAAGGGGAAUUCCACAGCCAAGACAGAGCUAAUUCGUCUGCACAAAGAGUUACAGGAAUUUGUCCGGGGCAAACUGGUGCCACAGUUUGAAGUGGUCACCACUGCAGCCAGCAGUCAAAGAAACUUAAUUUCCAAGGAGGCCAGACAGUUGGGAACAAUUUCACUUCUUGCUUUGGACUGUAGGACCGUUGAUGGAAUGCAAAGGAUCCCUGCAUCGUGGUUGUCCAUCCAUCGCUUGCAGUCCCCGACCUUUAGCAGCUUGUGUCAGAACCUGGCAUUCCCACUCUACAGGGCUCCAGAGGAGUUGUGUUCCCAGGCGCGCGCCCAGCAGCUUGAGUUACGUUUUCUUCGUCAGUCACUGCAACUUCACUCUGCUACUUUGCAGAAAAUACAGAAGGAAACGAAGUUGCUGCAUGCAUCUGAUCAAAAAGCUCUGCUGGCCAGAGUCCUGGAAGAGGAUCAAAAGCUUCUGGAGGCUCAGGUACACAGAGUCAGAUGCCUCACCCAACGUUGCGCCGAAGGCCUUUCUUACGGGGUCCAAGUCAAAACUGCCAUCUCUUACUGGUGGGAUCAGCCAGUCCAGCAUGUCCUACCUGAAGUCAGUAAAAGAGGACUGACUUUUCAACAGUGGCUACAAAAGUGGAAACUCGCUGCCAAAGCCUCUUAGACUCAUCCUUUAGAAAAUUGGAAGGAGAUCCUUUACUGCACCUUUUUUAGUGAAAACAUUACAAUGCACACUUUCUUCUCUCGAAUAAAUCAUUUUUAAUCCAA